AUCCUCCACUAGGCCCAGAGGAGACGCGGAACCAAUCAUCUGUGUGGAGUGUAGCCUACGGAGCCGUUUCACAAACGCACACAAUGGCUGUGGUGGAGACACACGUGAAACAAGAAACAGGAAACGACAGCGUCGCUCAUCUGGACGACGAAUGGGAUCAGACAGAUUCUGGGGGAGAAAGUGACAACGCAGGCGAGGACAGCAGAGAUGACGGUGACGAUGAAGGGGAUGAUGCAGGGAGUGAUGAUGCAGGGAGUGAUGAUGCAGGGAGUGAUGAUGCAGGGAGUGAUGAUGCAGGCAGUGAUGAUGCAGGCAGUGAUGGAGCAGGGAGUGAUGGAGCAGUUGACGGUGGGGCUGGAGGCGGGUGGGCCGAGGCCAUGGCCAAGAUCCUGGGAAAGAAGAGUGCCAGCGGCGGGAGCAACAUCCUGCAGAAGAACAAAGAUCUGGACAAAGUGAAGGCAGCUGAGAGGGAGGAGCAGCUGAAGAGGAAGACGCAGGUGGACAAGAAGCGAACGUGGGAGAUGAUUUCCCGGGUAAAACCUGACGUUGCAAAGGACCGGGACACUGAAAGAGCUCUACAGAGAAUCGCCACCAGGGGGGUGGUGCAGCUGUUCAACGCUGUCCGGAAACACCAGAAAACCAUGGAUGAGAAGGUGAAGGAAGCUGGAGGCUCAGAGAGGAAGAAGGCCAAGAUCCUUUCUUCCAUCUCAAAGAAAGACUUCAUCAGUGCGCUGAGAAGGACCGAGGAAGGCGGCAGAGAGUCUGUCAAGACUGAGAAGAAUGUGGCCGCUGCAGCGGAGGAGAAACCUGCCUGGAGCGUCCUCCGAGACGACUACAUGAUGGAAGCCUCCAUGAAGGACUGGGACAAAGACGGUUCUGGUGGUGAUGAUGCUAGUCCACAGUGAGGACGACAAGGAUCCUGGUCCAGGACGAGGACGAGGGGAUUCAGACCGUUAUGCCUUCAGAAACAGUCUGGAGAAAAACAGGAAGCUCCGACCUGCAGAUAACGUCUUUAAUGUCUGCGUCUGAACUUGGCAGCUCCUGGUUCUGUUUUAAAGGAUCCAUGUUUGCAGGGUUAGCUGCUCUGAAAAAUCUGUAAAAUUGUCAUGCAAAGACGCAGUUUAGUCAGUUUUAAUGUGUACACACCGUUAUGGUCAGUUUUGAGUUCUCCAGCAGUGACCUUCAUGAAUACCACUCUCCCCUGCUCUGUUGCACCUGUCUGCAGAUGUUUCUGUGGAGAAACCUCCCAUUUUCCUGGGUGUGGAUAACCUGGAACUCCAGCUCCUCCACUGACCUCCAUGUGAACCUUGACAGCAGAAAAAUAUUUACAACCUCGUACAAAAACAGCAAGAAGUACGGAGUGUGAAACCACCUAAAUUGCUUUGUCUAAAAAUUGAUACAGGUGCAUCAAUAUUAUAUAAUAGGUGCGUUGUACCAUUGUUUUUUGACUUAUUGCAUUUCACUGUUUUAAUUAAAUUUUCAAAUGUAUUAUUCAA